AUGGGAUUUGGUUACUAUUGCAUCUAUAGUGACCCUUCAUUGCCCUUUUUAUUUAAGGUUAUAUGUGUAAUCUUAUUUACCAUGGAAGACAAGACUUCAGUUCAAACAUUCACCCCACAAGUUACCGAGGAACAUAAGCCCAAAGUCGGGAAAGAGUUUGAAACAAUUAAAGGUGCAUAUGAAUUGUAUAACAAAUAUGCAAGAGAAGCUGGAUUUAGUGCUAAAUUGUCUAACAUUGAAUGUACUGGUGAAAGACAUCGAGGAAUCGUUCGGGUGAGUUGUAAGGCUAAAUUAACUAUGACUAAAUCAAAAUCAUCUCCGAAUUGGAUCGUUAGUAGAUUUGUGGAAUCUCAUAAUCAUGCACUCGCAACACCUAGUAAAGUUCCCCUAUUAAGAUCUCAUAGGCAUGUUUCAAAUGCCAAAAAAGCCUUGGCAAAACAAUUCUUUGAAGCAAAUGUAUCGACUAGUCAACAAAUAAGUUUGAUGGAGAUUGGAUAUGGGAGUCCUCAAAAAUAUUGGAUGUACCGAGCGAGAUAUCAGAAACUAUGA